ACGUUAACUCACAAAAAGACAGAGACCAAAACUUUCUCUUCCAUCUUCAUCUUCUCCAGAGAUAGAGAGACAGAAAAGAACAAAACUUUAUCUUCCAGCUUCAUCUUCGUUUCCUUGUGAAAAGAACCCAUUUUUCAAAAACCCCUGUUUCACCACCUCCAUGGACGACUCUGAAUCUUCUCUUCCGGACUUAAAGGCUCUGUCUUUGAGCGUUUCCUUCCCUGGGUGGAGAAAGGCGACCCCAGCUUUCAAGUCUUGGGCUAUAAAUAUGUCAUCUUUGCACAGACCCACAUGGCAAAAAGCUGGAAUCUUUGAAGCAGUUAUAGCAUCCAUGAAAGUAUUCGACAAAAACAAAGAUCUCGUUCUGGGUAUUUCUGAGAGAUGGUGUCCCGACACCAAAACCUUCCUCUUCCCCUGGGGUGAAGCAACGGUAACGUUAGAGGAUGUCAUGGUUCUUCUAGGGUUCUCUGUUUUGGGUUCCCCUGUUUUCGCUCCUCUGGAUGGCUCAGGAGAGAAGACUGUGAGGGAACUGGGGAAAGAAUGGCUCAAGAUUAAGAAAGAUAACAAUGUCAGUUUCGUAACUCAAGUCACAUGGACGGGGAGGUUCAUGGGCAGUGGGGAUGAGCUUGAGCAUGCGGCUUUUCUUGCGUUGUGGCUUAGCUACUUUGUGUUCCCAACAAAGUAUAGCCAUCUUGUUAGACCUGUUUUGCCAAUUGCUGUUCAUCUUUCGAGAGGUACUAGGAUUGCUCUUGCUCCACCUGUUCUUGCUCACCUUUAUGAGGAGCUCACUCUAUUGAAAGACCACAUCAGAGGUUUCAACAUGGCAAUAGGGGUUAACACCAAACUUGAGUUGAGUUCAUUGUUUAAGUUGGUUCAAGUUUGGACAUGGGAGAGGUUCAGGGAGCUACGUCCCAACAACAGUAAUCUGUUGCUGCAAGGUGAGCCAAGGUUGGCUCUUUGGGAUGAAGAGAAACUAACGAGAACAAGGAGCACUGUGAGGAAGAGUACAAAGAACAUUGUGAGGAAGAUACUGGCAAACUCGACGAUGGAUAGUUUUGAGUGGCGUCCCUACACAAAAGCUGUGAAGAACUGGACGUUUCCUCUGUUUUACCCUGAGGAAGCAAUGUGGGUUCCUGUUGGUCCUGAUCUUGAUGAGGAGCUCAUCUCCUUUGCUAGAUGCGUCAAGGUGUCUGAGCUCAUUGGAAUUCACAGUGUGGAACACUACUUUCCAAACCGAGUUGCUUCACAGUUUGGAUUGCUUCAGGAUGUUCCUUGUCCUGUUAACAUGAACAACCUCUUCAAAGAGGCAGCUUGGGAUGAGUACAGCAAGCCUAUUGAUGGAUUGAGAUUGUACAUCCCUUCUCGUUCUUCAGUUUCUUGUUUUACUUCAAUGUUCUGCGAGUGGUGGAGGAAGAAUAAUCGAGCUGCUGAAUCAUUGACACCAAGAAACAUCAUAGGUGAUGGUGAUGAUGAUACAUCUGAGCCUGUUCCUUCUUGUUCUAAGAAACAGAAGUCAAUGAAGCGAGUUUGUAAGGACAGUGAGAGUCAUAUGGUUCCAUCAGAGAAGGAUGAGGAAGAUGAUAGCUUAACCAUUGCUCAAGUAAUGAGUUUGAGAAAGAAGAAUAAAGCUAUGUGCUGCUCAUCUGAUGAAAACCACUCCUUAGAUCCUCCUCAUAAGGCACUGCCAUUAAGAGAAGUGCUUCAAAAGCUGGGAAAAGAGUUUCCUGAAAAACUCAAAAGGUCUAGAGAUCUUCGAACACCGACAGAUGUGAGAUGCGAGAUUGCAGAUUCUGGUGGAUCAGCUUCAAGAGAAGCGCCACUUAAUGAGCUGUUUCAGAAGGAGGAAGUAGUGAAGAGGAAGACAGAGCAUAUGGGAGACAUGCGAGCUCCUAACAUUACCACAGCUGAGAUGGUCAUAGACAAAGAGAAAAGUGUAAGAGAUGAUAGCUUAACCAUUGCUAAGAAGAAUACAAUUAUGUGUUCAUCUGAUGAAAACCACUCCUUAGAUCCUCCUCCUAAAGUGUUGCCGUUAAGAGAAGCGGUUCAAAAGCUGGGAAAAGAGUUUCCUGCAGAACUCAAAAGGUCUAGAUAUCUUAGAACACCUACAAAUGUGAGAUCCGAGAUAUCAGAUUCUGGUGGAUCAGCUUCAAGAGAAGUUCCACUUAAUGAGUUGUGUCAGACGGAAGUAGAACUGAAGAGGAAGAGUGAGCAUUUGGGAGACAAUCAAGCUCGUGAGAUGGUCAUAGACAGAGAGAAAGGUGUAAGAGAUGCUUCUAAGUCACUUGGGAAAAGAAACAAUAGACUUGAGGCAGAUAACAAAGAUUCAUGGAUCUGUCAAAAGGUUGCUCAUGAAGAUGAAACUGUAGCACCACUAAAAAUCAAGAAAAGGAGUGAAGAAGAAAAAACUGGAAACAAAGCAGUGAAGAAUACGGUUCUAAGAUCAGCUAGUGGUAACAACUCUUCAGAUCCUCCUCUUGGGGCUAAUGGAGUAGCAGACUGUAAUGAUGAGGUUGAUGUAAAUGGAAUUAAGGCUGAGAAAAAGAAGACUGUAGUCGGCGAUGGAACUAAGGGAGCAAAGUGUUUGGUCCAUGAAAAUGGAGAAAACCAGAGAUCCAAUGAGAAGGAAGAUGUUGAUGAAAGUCUGAAGCAAAAAGAUCUUGCAAUAGAUGAGCUAGCACUGAGCCUAGAGGCACGUAUGAUGAAGGUGGAGAAGACUUUGGCAAAGAUCAGAGAAUGGAAAACCAUAGAAAGAAACCAGGCCAGAAAUGUAAUUACUGUUUAG